AUGGAGAAAAAAGAUGAGGAUCUGAAGAAGGCUCAAAUGCUGGACGCUCGGGCCAGAAACAUCAGCCACAAUGUUCGUUGCACUGAGUGUGGGAGUCAGUCCAUUGAAGACUCGCAAGCAGAUAUCGCUAUUCUCCUUAGACAGCUGAUCCGUGAUGAGAUUGGAGCUGGAAAGACUGACAAAGAGAUAUACAAUAAGCUCGAGGAUGAGUUUGGGGAGACUGUGCUCUAUGCUCCGAAAUUCGAUUUGCAGACCGCGGCAUUGUGGCUAACACCGGUUCUGAUUGCUGGAGGUGCUGCUGGAGUGUUGGCUUACAACAAGCACAGACAAUUGACAAAUGUACACAUCAUGGCAUUGAACCUUAUAAGAGGUGUUUCGUUGACUCCAAAAGAGAGAGCUACCAUUCUCGAUGUUCUUAUUCCACCUCCGCCUCCUUCUCAGGGAAUGCUUUCCCGGUUAAAGAGAUGGCUAAACCGGUAG